GAGACAUGCUGCACGGCAACUGUCAACAUGACCUGCAGCAAUUAAACCGUGAAGAAGCUGCUUUACAUUCUUCAACUGAUAACUGCAUUGGCGCUGCUGCUGUAAAGCGCUUUAGCGACUUUUAAGGUCACGUCUGAGCUAAAUUUACCUCAGAGAGCACGACACACGGAUGAAUAUAGUCCAUCAUGAGUGUGGAACCAGUUAGCUGUACUAUAAAGACACCCGUCGCUCUGCAGAUCGGAGACACUGUAUCUGAUUUAUCACGUCCUGGCGUCUAUAUAACAGACAUCACACUUGCAGAACCUGUGAAUAUUCAGGAAAUCUCUUUCAAGAACUACUACACGGCGUAUCUGACUGUCCGUGUUCAACAGAGGGAGGACGGAUCUGUUAAAUGGGUCACCUGUCUGAGAAAUCACUGCCUCAUGGCCAACCCGCACGCAGAGGCUGGAUCACAUGACUAUUUCUCCAUCUACAGACAGCAGAUGUCGGCCAAACCUGAUAAUGUGAUGACAGUUCGACUCAUCCUUCGACAGCCCUCUUCAGAAUGGCUUAAUUUUAACAUUGAGGAGAUUAACAUUUAUCCAUGUGUUAAAGAGGACACAGAAUGGGACGUUCCAGCCUGGUUAUCCACUCUCACGCCUGUAGAGACAUCUCUCGAUUUGAACGGGCUUCCUGACCCUGAAACAGUUUCCUCCAGUAUUCAGCAGAUGUGGGCGCUCACCGAGAUCAUGCAGGCGAGCCAGAACGCAGCUUCCAUUGGACGUUUUGACGUCGAUGGCUCUUAUGAUGUCAAAUUAUUGUCAUUUACAUAAGAAAAGACAAUUUGAAGGUUAAGUCAAAGUUUAUUUAAUGUUGUUUCUCGAUAUGCUGUCUGCCCUGAUAGAUUCAUUCAGUAUGGGUCCCUGUAGAGUUUAAUGUACGUAAUUUCUCUCAAAGCUGCUAAAUCUCUUUUACCUUCUCUGUUUAAAUCAAAACAUUUGAGAGUACUUUGCACCAUAAUAAAAUUCCUUAAACUAA